AUGUCGUGGAUGGACUCCUGGUCGCGGCCCAGCAAGCACGCCGUCACCCCACCACCCCUCUACCUCACCGUCGGCGACACAGUACCCUACUGCCACAGCUGCGGGCGCGUAAUCAGCGAGCGCCGCAAGACUCAAAACGCAACGGCAGUCAAAUAUUGCUCGGCACGAUGCCGAAAUAGCAAACCAGGUCCCACCGACCGCAAGAUCGAAGCCACAUUCGCCGCCCUUUUGAACGGCGCAUCACCAGAAUCACUAAAAGAGAACGCCGGAGCAGACCCAGUCAAGAACAACGCAGAAUCAGAGACUAUGCAUGACGACACCAAAUUCGGCAAAGGCGAGAAGAAGCAUAAGAAAAAGCCAUCCAAAACCGUCAAAGGAGAAACUAGAAUCAUCAUCGAAUGCGGCACAGUAGAAGAGAUAGUCUUCCAGCGGGAAAAAGACCCCGAAAAAGUCUACGGACGACGCAAGAACCGGAAAGCGCGUUUCGUAGUCGAGAAGCCCGAGGAUUGGAAGAGCGUGGAUAUGGUCGAUCAACCUGCAUCCAGUACACCUGCUACUACAGCCACAACAGACGCAUCAUCCGCAGCAUCACGACAACCACCCCCACAAGACUACACCAGCGACGAGGAAAGCGUAUCAGAUUCCGAUGCCGAAGCCGAAGGUGGCAUAGUCCUCGAACCCACCAAAACAGCCUCUUCUACAGACGCAGACGCAAACGCAGACGCAGACGCCCUCCCCGACACCGUAGAAUACGGCUACGGCGGCGGUAAAGUGCGCCCACCCCAAGCGCAAAACGACGUCAACGGCAGCGUGGGCGGAGAAAAAGGCUGGGCUGAACGCAUCGAAGAAACGGAUGAGAUGAAGUUGAAGCGGAGGGAGGGGCAGCGGAGAGCGGAUGAGAGGGAGAUGGUGAGGAAGGCGGCGAGGAGGGGGUGUGCGUUUGGGUUUGCAGUUGAGGGGGAAGGUGAGAAGAAGAAGUGUGAGGCUGUUAUGAAGGGCGUGGUUGUUGAGAGUAGUUUUGCGAAGGGGGAGUGGGGGGUUAGGUGGAGGGAGAUGAUUUGA